UGCAGAGCCACUGAACGCUGCGCGCCACUGUUCUCUUAGAGGGCGGAGGAAGCCGACUGUUCCGGAUCUCUGCAUAGCAGGGCCCAACCUUUGCUCCAGAGAUCAUGGCUGCCGAGGAUGUGGUGGCGACUGGCGCCGACCCCAGCGAGCUGGAGGGCGGCGGGCUGCUUCAAGAGAUUUUCACGUCGCCUCUCAACCUGCUGCUCCUUGGCCUCUGCAUCUUCCUGCUCUACAAGAUCGUUCGCGGGGACCAGCCCGGUGCCAGUGGGGACAACGACGACGACGAGCCACCCCCGCUGCCCCGCCUCAAGCCGCGUGACUUCACCCCUGCUGAACUGAGGCGUUACGAUGGCGUCCAGGACCCGCGCAUUCUUAUGGCCAUCAACGGCAAGGUGUUCGACGUGACCAAAGGCCGCAAGUUCUACGGGCCGGAGGGGCCAUACGGGGUCUUUGCUGGAAGAGAUGCAUCCAGGGGCCUUGCCACAUUUUGCCUGGACAAAGAAGCACUGAAGGAUGAGUAUGAUGACCUUUCUGACCUCACUCCUGCCCAGCAGGAGACCCUGAAUGACUGGGACUCUCAGUUCACCUUCAAGUACCAUCACGUGGGAAAACUGCUGAAGGAAGGGGAGGAACCGACUGUGUACUCGGAUGUUGAAGAACCAAACGAUGAGACUGCCCGGAAGAAUGACUGAAGCAGUCAGGGGAGCAUAUCUAUUUUUGUAUUUUGCAAAAUCAUUUGUAACAUUCCAGUCUGUCUUUACAACAUGGUGAUUUCAAUAUUUAGAGAAGUUUUGAACUUGUUUUUUAAGUAACAUCACUAGUGACACCGAUAAAAUCAACUCGUCUUAGAAUGCAUGAUGUGUUUGUACGUCACAAAUCCAGAAAGUGAACUUCAAUGCUCUAAUGCAAAUGGUAAAGCUGUUUCUCUUCUAUCUGUAGUUAAAACAAACUGAAUUACAAUUUGAUUUUCCUGAGAGGGAAAACUUGGGUUAUGUCCACAAACUGGCCAAAAUGGCAAGUGCACACACACACACAGUGGCCAAAAUGGUUAAUGUACUAAGAAUGAAGAGAGAAGAACGUCUUAGCCAUGCUAUAGUCUGAAAACAAGCCCAUUUUACCCAACAGACUUAACUGCAUGAUUUUUGUUUUAUCUACCUCUAAAGCAAAACUGCAGUGUUCCAAAGUCUGUGGUAUUGAUUCAAAACAGAAGUCCAGUAACAAAAUGAAAACUCAAUAAUGGGUUUAGUUGGGGCAAACACAUUGCCUGUGUUCAUGGACUGAUUUAUCAUCCUUGUCCCCACGUGGACACUCCCACACACAGUAACUCUCACACAUCUGGCAAUUGGCAGUUGGAACUAAAACAGAAUCUGAAAAUUCAAGGUAGAACUUUGCAAAAGAAAAAUCUGUUGCUUGUAGCAGGGCAAUGGUUAUGUGGUUAUUGGCCAAAUGUAAAAUUUGAGAGCAAUAUACAGGACAGGAACAGGUGUGUGCUUUUCAAAAGCUUUCACUGACAUCUCUGAAGAAUGAGAAAACACUACAUGGCACUAGCUGGGUGAUUUUGAAAGGAAAAUACAUUCCCUAAGGUAACAUUUAAAUCCUUCUGUUGUUACAAAUCGUAGUAAACUUCAAAAUAGUAGUCAGGUGUCUAGGUCUUGGAUAAUACUCUUGGUUAAUACUAAACCUAGCUUAAGUAGACUCUACAGUUGUAUACAUUUGUAAAAGUAUUAUCUGAACAACUAGUGAGGUUUCAGACUCUUGUAAUUGUAGUUAAAUAGUCAUUGUAUUUUCUUGUGAGCUGUGUUUAAUGGUUUUAACUCAAAUCAGAAAAAAAAAUGAAGUGCUUGGAUCAGUUAAUAAAAUGGUUUUGCCCAAUA